GCUUCUUCUUCUCUCUCUCCGGUCUUGUCUUUAGUAAGAUAAAGAGUACUGUGCACACAUCUCCCUGAUACGACCAUGGCCGGCGAAUCAAGAAAGCGAAAGGUUGGUCUUUUAUACGACGAGAGGAUGUGCAAACACGACACACCUGACGGUGAGGACCAUCCCGAGUGUCCUAAUCGCAUCAAAGCUAUCUGGGAGAUGCUUCAGCGCACUGGUCUCGCUCAAAGAUGUGUGGUUCUUGGUGGUAUCAAAGCGGAAGAUAAGCAUCUCCAACUGGUUCACACGAAGGAGCAUGUUAAUUUAGUUAAGAGAUUAAGCACGAAGAAGAAAGAUUCUCGGAGAAACAAGAUUGCUUCAAAGUUGGAUUCGAUAUAUCUUAAUGGAGGCUCAUCAGAAGCUGCAUAUCUUGCAGCUGGAUCUGUUGUGGAGGUGGCGGAGAAAGUUGCAGAAGGAGAAUUAGAUUGUGGCUUUGCUAUUGUUAGGCCACCAGGGCACCAUGCUGAGGCAGAUGAAGCCAUGGGGUAUUGUCUAUUCAACAAUGUAGCUGUUGCUGCUAGCUAUUUAGUAAACCAAAGACCGGAUCUAGGUAUCAAAAGGAUUCUGAUUGUUGAUUGGGAUGUUCAUCAUGGAAACGGUACGCAGAAGAUGUUCUGGAAAGACCCUCGUGUGCUAGUUUUCUCCGUUCAUAGGCAUGAUGGUGGAAGCUUCUACCCAAGGGGAGAUGAUGGAGAUUAUGACAAGGUUGGGGAAGGAGCAGGGGAAGGUUUUAACAUAAACGUUCCAUGGGAGCAAGGAAGAUGUGGAGAUGCAGAUUAUUUUGCUGUAUGGGACCAUAUCUUGAUCCCUGUGACCAAAGAGUUUAAUCCUGAUCUUAUUUUGGUUUCAGCUGGAUUUGAUGCAGCUAUUGGUGAUCCGCUUGGGGGCUGUUUAGUUACACCAGGUGGAUAUUCAGUUAUGUUGCAGAAGCUGAUGGAGUUUGCACAAGGAAAGAUUGUGAUGGCAUUAGAGGGAGGGUACAGGCUUGACAUAGUUGCAGAGUCUUCAGUGAUGUGUGUCCAAGUUUUGCUUGAAGACGACCCAUUUCAAUGUUCCGUUGAAGAAUACACACGGGACUCUACACGUACUGUCAUACAAGCGGUACGCAAGAAGCUAUGCGCAUAUUGGCCUUCACUUGCAGAUGAAAUACAGUUGAAGGCGGAAGCUCCUCUUCCACCAAACCUUGAUGAAAUCCUACCGAACCUUCACCGCAAAAUGCAAUGUAUCUUCCUGGGUAUGUGGGAUAAAGGGGCUAAUAGUAGUAAGCAGCAAGCCGAGAGAUUGCGUGCUUCCUUGGAGGUGGCCUUGGAAGAAAAGGCGGCGCUACAGACCAAGGUGGCUGAACUGCAAGGUGAGGCCAGCGAGAAGUUGCGCCUUCAAGUCUCCCUAGAGAAAUAUGCAGCGGAGGCAAAGGAGGCCGCUGAGCAACUGACGCAAGUUUGCAGCGAACUGAGGGAGGUCAAGAUCGACCUAGACUUUCACCGUGAGCUUUUCAAGAAGGCGAGCGAAGAGAAGAGAUUACUGGAGGGCGAACUGCAGAAGGAGGCCAGCGAUAAGUUGCGUCUUCGAAUCUCACGAGACAGAUAUGCAGCGGAGGUGAAGGAGGCCGCUGAGCAUCUGGCGACAGUUCGCAGCGAGCUGAGAGAUGUCCAAAUUGAUCUUAACUUGCACCGCAAGCUUCCCAAGAAGGCCAAGAAAGUCAAGUAGUCAAAGUUAGAGUGGAGUUUCAUUGCCCUUUUUGUAAAACCAAACUAUGGUUACUUCUUUUUGGAGGUUUAGUGUACUCAACUACAAGUCCAACACUAAACCAUUGUGGUUGUAGUAAAAUUUGCUUAUCUCAGACUGUCAUUGACUGAGACUUGAGAUUGUUAGGUUUCUCUCACUUUUCCCUCCAGAGAAGAUAAUAAAAAACAAAAUCAGAUUUAGAAGAUGAGCUUGAGAUUGUAAAGACUCAUUGAUUGUGAGUGAAAUGGAGAAGCAACUGAUAAAACAGAUUGGUGAGAGAACAAACAAAAAAGGAUCUCCUGUUGUGUUGAAAGCUCAGAAGAAAAUCUAUAAGAUUAGGCCUCAUUAGAGUCUGGCUGAAACAAAAAGCUCAUUGUAUACCUUAGGAAACAAUCUCAAGCUACAAAAUUAUUUUCAAGAUUAGCAAAAACAGAAUUGUUUCUAGAUAAAGUGUUUCAUUUAUGAAAAAAAAAAGCUAUAGAAUCCCUAAGACUGUCAUCAAAUAAAACUGAAUCAGAAAAUUCUUGA